CAGCACUAUCACGAGUACUAUAUACCACGAGCCGGAGACAUCAACAACAUCUUCUCCAAUUUGUCACCAGCAACAUGCGUCUAUCUCAGCAGAAUUGGCCUGUUACACAAACCCAUCUCACUCAUUUAUCCCACCGCACGACAUGUUUGUCCUCCAGACCAUCACAGAAUUUCAAAACACGGUUCAGUCGUUGAAGGUCAAGCUUUCGUCAAGACAUACUUUACAUUUCACAAGCAUGCGUGAGUUUUCUUGUUGGGUUUUACUUCUUUCCAUCGGCAAUAUCGAUCUCUCGUCUCUUGUGACUCAGGCUGAUGAUCAUAUUUUCUGUGGCCAGCCUCACUAACAGGACCCCUUGCACUUAUAUUACACCAGGCUCAGUAAAAGCUCAGAAGAAUUAUUUCAUUCUCGAUCGUGGGUGAACACGUCCUUCAUCAUGAGUGCAAGCGUCUUCUUUCCCUCACAAUCAAAGGGGAUACUGCAUAAGGAUGACUGUCGACUGUCGACAUGUCAUGAUGAAACUUGGAGCCUAAAUUGAACCUGAGCACCCAUGCAGGUAGGUGUGAUGAGCAUGAAAGGACAUUAGUCUAGUGGUAUCAGGUGGAAAAGUGGUGCACAUAGGUUUUCAUAGUCUGCUUUGAAAGGAAGCUAUAGUCUGAUGUACAUAUAUGAAGUACCAAC